CUCAAUUCAAUUCAUCACUUAUAAGUUAUAACCACCUUAUUAUCCCUCUACAAAGAACUCUCCAUAGCACCCUUCUUUAAUUUUUUCCCUCCUAAAACUUUCUUCUUUUCCCUCUCAUAAACAUAAACACAAACACAUAGAAGACACAAAAAACUAACAUGGGAACUUUGGUGGGACAUGUAGCACCAGGUUUUGGGUUCAUGCUAAUAGGUUUAUGGCAUCUCUUCAACCACAUCAAGCUCCAUGCCAUUAACCCCAACAACUACACUUCUCCACCAUGGUUCCCAACUUCAAGCUCCAAGUACCUUGAGCUCUUCCUCAUCAUGUUUGGCUGCACUGCUUCCAUAUCCAUGGAGCUCUUCAUCGGCCCCGACCGCCACCAACCCUUCGACCCUGACGGCACCAUUCCCUCCAACCACCUCCACAACUUCGAGCACUCCUCCAUCUCCAUGACCUUUUUUGUCUACGCCGCCUUCGCCAUCGUUCUCGACAAACUCAACAUCCAAGCUCAACAUAGCAUUACUCAGUUGAUUGGAGCCAUAGCCUUUGGUCAACAACUCCUCCUCUUCCACCUCCACUCUGCGGACCACAUGGGCCCGGAGGGUCAAUACCACAUGCUCUUGCAACUUCUUGUCCUUAUUUCUUUAUUAAGUACCCUUUUGGGAAUUGGAACGCCGCAGAGCUUUUUAGUAAGCUUUGUGCGUUCCAUUAGCAUAUUCUUUCAGGGAAUAUGGCUUAUGACUAUGGGAUUCAUGCUGUGGAUCCCAGGUUUUAUUCCGAAAGGAUGCUUUAUGAAUCUCGAGGAGGGUCACAAGGUAGUUAGGUGUCACGAUGACAUGUCACUUCAUCGCGCCAACUCUCUUGUGACCAUCCAGUUCAGCUGGUUCUUCAUUGUUGUCACCGUUUUCGCGGUGUCUUUGUACAUAGUUUUGGUCAAAUUUUACAAGAACAAGAUCGAGUAUUUUCCUACCAAGAACGAGGAAGAAGAAGAGGAAGAGGAAGACGAGUCAAGCGAAGACCUUGAGUCUCCAAAGAAGAACAUAGUUGGGAACUCCAUGAGGUUCAUCCAUGUUGGAAAGCCGUAUUCAUCGCUUGACAUUGAAAGGUAAUAAGAUUUGAAAUACAUGGCUGUAAAUUGCGGUCACAGUCAAUUGCUGUAAUAAGCCGCAACAGCAGCAAUAUUGAGACAUGAAGCUAGCAAAUUAAACUAUGAAGGAUUACUUAGGUUUGUGGUCCCAUAAUAUGUCAAACUCCAUAUUUUACAUUCAUUUUAUUUUUUUUAAAAAUAAAUAAUUAUUUGUACCUAUAAAAGAUGAAAACGCUGACAUAUGUAUUUAUACUAGAUCGAAAUUAAAUUUGUACUCACCAAGAUACUCUCUGUGUGACAAAAGUAUCUGUUUUUAAAGAGUUGGAGUGCCAAGUAGUUUACUUUCGAUUUAGUGUGGAUACAUAUGUCAGCAUUUUUAUCUUUUAUGGAUACAAAUGAUCAUUUAUUCUUUUUUUAUAGUGUAUAUACAUAAUGAUAGAAAUUCAGAUUCAAUUAUUUUCAGGUGAAGUUAAUACUUAUAAAUCGUUAAAUAAUUUAACAAAUUUGAUUAAAUUAUUAUUUAACGAUUUUUAAAUAUCAACUUCAUAUAAAAUUAAUUGUACUUGAGUUUUUAUCAUCCACAACUUUUAAGUUAACAUCAUAUAAAUUUUUUAAUUGAUGGCUAGUUUGUUAAUUAAAUGAAAUAUAUGUUGUUAACUUAAAGCCUAUAUAUUAUGUGGAGAUAUAAAACAAGUGUAAAUUUUGGGUGACGUUGUAAUUAGUGGUGAUUAGGUGGGUUGGUUCAUGGUACAAUACAAUGUUUGUUUUAGUUUUUCUUUUUCCCGGGCAUUGGGGAAAAGAGAUUAAAUUAAUUAAGCCAGCUGAAAUUAAUGUGAUUGGCUUAAUUAAACUUGUGCGUGUGGAUUACAAUAUUACAUACACGUCUAUAUAUUUUGUUUAGAAGGUGACAUUUAUUUGAUUUGAUGGUUUGUGUCUUGAUGAUGAUGAUUGCUAAAGUAUUAUCAAUGUAUAUAUACAUGUACGUAUUCCGU